UUCAUUCUCUCUUCCAAACGUUGACUUAUUUUACUACGUGACAUUUAUGUUAGGUACAUUAUCCUUCAAUACGGUAUAGUACUACUACUGAAGUACUUUAUUCAGUUACUAGGCCAACCAUGAGGACCAUAAUCGUCGUGCUAGUAGCUAUGGGUGUCACCAACACUGCAGCUCUAAGUCAAUGCUCCAAAUACCCAGACAUUCCUAAACUUCUAGCAAAAAUUGGGGAUUGUUACAAAGAUGGGAAACCUCCAGUAAAUCUUGUGGGUUACAACAAAGAGGUUACUCUAAACUACAUAUCUAAGGACAUUCUGCCAGGAAAUGUAUCUUGUGUAAAAGGUAGUCAACAACCAGGAAAAGGCUUAGUGGAUUUCUUUUUAUCUGAUGGAAGUCAAGCACAUGUUACCUACAAACAGCAAGUAGAUGGAAACAAAAUCGUAGAAUUCGAUUCAAGCAAUAUACAAUACGAUAUUUUCCCCAUCCGCAAUGAAUUCUGUUACUCAUACUACAGAUGCAUUGUUUCUGAAGGAGUUGAAGGUACGGGUGAACCGAUGCUGGCAUUAUAUGUAAAAUGUGGUUACCAAAACAAUCCAUGGGCCAAAAAGGAAAUUGAUACAUUUUUGAGAUGUGCAGAAAAGUUAAACGUACAUAACAUAGUCCAAAUCACACCCUGUUACUGCGAAAGUGAUGAGGACUCAAGUUACUCAUCAAGUUAGUUAUUAACUUAUGUGGUUGACCUAGUUAUUCCUUUGAAUAAAAAUGAUUUUCUGUUGCAUAAAUACAUGAUUCAUACCACUUGGUGCUUACUAC